AUGCCACACCCAUCAGCCAUAGCAGAUACUAUACCGCUCGCGAUAUCGACAUUGGAGACUUUCCAAACUAAAAACACCAAGCUUGCGCCGGGAGAUCGAGGAAAGAGACUCCUCAUCGGGAAAAUCUUGACUGGCACCGCGGAGAUCUUGGUCUUUGGUACUUCCCGUCAUUUCAUAGCGACGGGUUGGACUGCCUACGGAACGCGUCCCCGAGGGCCUCCGGGAAGGUAUCGAACGGGCCACAGCUUCUUGGAAGCCAAGAGUCAAGGAAGAGACGUCGAACAGACCGAGCCUGGUCGCAAAAUCAAGCCGCUCCUAGUGCCUGGUAAUGCUGGGGGCGUCCCUGCCAUAGGUCAGCAUAAAGACGUUAUAGAUUCCACAUAUGCGACUGGCGUUUUAUUCGGUGGAUAUUUGAAGUCUAGAAAUGAAGACGGCGCGAAGGGCGCAAAGUCAUCCUCCCCAAGCCCCGUGGGAUUGGAGAGAACGACAAUAUCGGACGUUACAGCGACAACGGCAAGGGGAAAGUCCAAUGAUAUCUACUCCGCAUAUACUCUGAGGCCGUCGGGGGUCGAGCCAUGCACGCCAUUUAAAUGGAGCCUCAGACGCUCGUCGUUACUGCGAAGGAGGAUCCGCGAACAAAACGAACUCCGAUCCACGUUCGAGCGCUUGAAUCUAGACGAAAGAGGCGCACGGUUGCAGUGGCAAACGCGCACUGCUGUUCUGUGGCCCACCAUGCCUCUCUUCAAGUUUCAUGGCGAGCCUCUUGAAGCCGCUCCAAGGAAUACGACUCCAGAUCUGAUAGAACUCCUUCGUGUGACAUGGAGAAAUGGGCGAGGGCAUGAAGCUGAUAACAGCGAAGAACUCGACGAGACUGGAGAGGCAGAGGAGCCGGAGGAGGAGCAAGACAUCGUCUGUUCAGAAGCUCCUCAAGGACAACUACCAAGCACCAACCAUUAUGAUCUCGUUCUCCCAAAAUUUCCACCGUCGUCUAAUGCAAGCAGCCGGAGAAUGACAGGGACGACCUUAGCCGGCGUGGACAGCGUCCAGCAAGCUCGUGGUCAUCCGAGAGAACGGCGUUCGACUCCACUCGAUAGGACAAAGAGAUGGGCGCUUGGACGGUGCUCGCGCACAAAGCUCAACGGCCCGGCGAUUACCGAACGACAUAAAAUCAGCGCGUCCUACUUUCUGCUUCCUACAACGUCUUCUCCCAUUCGACAUUCGAUGGCUUCCGCAUAUUGGUAUUGGCCAGAGGCCUUCCCGCCCGGAACCGGCAUGAACACGGGAGACUCAUUUGAAGAAUUUCGUGCAGCUCUAGUUGCCACUAUGUUACCGAGCAUCGAAUCCGGUGUCGAUAGACUUGCAGCAAGCUUGGACGAGCUGCAGCUGCAAGAGCAACAAAAAAGCACCAACCAUCGCGGCGCUGUGGCUCAAUGCCACUCGAAGAAGACUCGUACGCGAGGGCCCUGCGCGCCCGACGCACUCAAGAAGCGCAAGGCUCGAUCCUACGCGCCAUAUUCCCCCAGCAAGCAAAGGGCUCCAGGGUUACCGCUGAAUCAACCUGCCCACGGCCUGUUUUCUUCGACUGCGAAUGAGCUAGGGUUCGAGGAUAUGGAGCCAACGGCCAGUCCCCGGCAAUCGCGCUUCCACUCAAGCUUCCGGAGGGAGGACGAUGAUCUAUCCCAGGCGCUAGCUAGGAUGACCAGCGCGACCCCUGACUGGGAUACAGCAUGGCUAGCGCCUCCGCCCGAAAUAUUUGGACCUUGGGGCGCAGCAGUCCCUUAUUCGCUGCAGGCUGGCAACACUGCAGCUUACCCUCAACCACAAGCCAAAGACAAUGACGGGAGGGCGAUGGGGGUGGACAGCGAGUUGACGCCGCAGCUUCGUAGGAUGUCGUUGGGGUCGUCUUUGAAGGCAGGACUGAGUUUUUCUGAUGGGAACUUCGAUUGA